AUGGACGAGAAGACCAAGAAAGCAGAGGAGAUGGCCCUGAGCCUCACCCGAGCAGUGGUGGGCGGGGAUGAGAAGGUGGCCGUGCAGUGUGCCAUCUGGUUGGCAGAGCGAAAGGUGCCCCUGAGUGUGCAGCUGAAGCCUGAGGUCACUCCAACACAGGACAUCAGGCUGUGGGUGAGCGUAGAGGAUGCUCAGAUGCACACUGUCACCAUCUGGCUCACAGUACGCCCUGACAUGACAGUGGCUUCUCUCAAGGACAUGGUGUUCCUGGACUAUGGCUUCCCACCAGCCCUGCAGAGGUGGGUGAUUGGGCAGCGGCUGACAAGAGACCAGGAAACCCUGCACUCCCAUGGGGUGCGGCGGGAUGGCGACAGUGCUUACCUCUAUCUGCUGUCAGCUUGCAACACCUCACUCAAUCGCCAGGAACUGCAGCGGGAGCGGCAGUUACGGAUGCUGGAAGAUCUGGGCUUUAAGGACCUCACGCUGCAGCCAAGGGGCCCCCUGGAGCCAGCUGCCCCCAAACCUGGGGCCUCCCAGGAGCCAGGGCGUGGGCAGCAGGAAGCCGCGCCCCCGCCGGUGGGCUGGCAAUGCCCCGGCUGCACCUUCAUCAAUAAGCCCACGCGGCCGGGCUGUGAGAUGUGCUGCCGGGCACGGCCUGAGGCCUACCAGGUUCCCGCUUCGUACCAACCAGACGAGGAGGAGCUUGCGCGCCUGGCCAGCGAGGAGGAGGGACUACGCCAGUACCAGCAGCGGAAGCAGCAGCAGCAGGAGGGGAACUACCUGCAGCACGUCCAGCUGGACCAGAGGAGCCUGGUGCUGAACACGGAGCCCACCGAGUGCCCCGUGUGCUACUCAGUGCUGGGGCCUGGCGAGGCCGUGGUGCUGCGGGAGUGUCUGCAUGCCUUCUGCAGGGAGUGCCUGCAGGGCACCAUCCGCAACAGCCAGGAGGCAGAGGUCUCCUGCCCCUUCAUUGACAACACCUACUCCUGCUCGGGCAAGCUGCUGGAGAGGGAGAUUCGGGCGCUCCUGGCCCCCGAGGAUUACCAGCGCUUUCUUGACCUCGGCAUCUCCAUCGCUGAGAACCGCAGUGCCCUGAGCUACCACUGCAAGACGCCUGACUGCAGAGGGUGGUGUUUCUUUGAGGAUGACGUCAACGAGUUCACCUGUCCUGUGUGUUUCCAUGUCAACUGCCUGGUUUGCAAGGCCAUCCAUGAGCAGAUGAACUGCAAGGAGUACCAGGACGACCUGGCCCUGCGGGCUCAGAACGACGUGGCCGCCCGGCAGACGACGGAGAUGCUGAAGGUCAUGCUGCAGCAGGGGGAGGCCAUGCACUGCCCGCAGUGCCGGAUCGUGGUGCAGAAGAAGGACGGCUGUGACUGGAUCCGCUGCACCCUCUGCCACACCGAGAUCUGCUGGGUCACCAAGGGCCCUCGCUGGGGCCCAAGGGGCCCAGGAGACACGAGUGGGGGCUGCCGCUGCCGGGUGAAUGGGAUUCCUUGCCACCCCAGCUGUCAGAAUUGCCACUGAGUUGGGGGUAGCCUUGUCGCCACACGACUCAGCCUGACAUCUGCAGGCUGCU